UCUCUUUCUCAAGUUCAAUUUAGUCUACCAGCACAUUCAGCUUCCUUGCAAUCACUAAUAUAACUCCAGUCUUCAUUGCAGAGGAGCAAUCUGCUUCAUCAUGUUAGGCAGGAGAACUCAAAGUCUGGGACAAAACGCUCUAAAAUCACAGUUGAGCAUAGCCCAGCAGAGGAUAGCAUCUCUGGAAGGAUACAUUCAAAACAGAGAAAGAGAAUUUCAGAGUACAGCAUCACGUUCACAGCAUGUAAGUACAGUGAGUGGAGCAGUGUCUCCUGUAAUGCAGGGAAGGACUAGGAGGAGGAGAAUGGGACGGACUCAUGCAAAUGUUCUCCUCUCUACAAGAAGCAUUGACUCAAUUGAUGAGGAACAUGAGAGGAAUGACGAUUCUCUGUCUGUUCCUUUGGGUGAAUUUGUUUCCCUUAAAAUCAUUAAUGCUAUCUCUAAAGAUGAGGACAUGCCUACUCCAUUUGUUGUACGUCGGUUGAUAGGACGUGUUUAUCACAUUGGUCCAGAGGGUGUUGUAAUUGGCACCUCUCCCUCUCCCUCCUCCUCUCGUGUUUCUUUACCUGCCGAGUCUCAAAUGGAGAGAGAACACUUUACACUGAAAUCAGCACCUCCUGACUCAAAUGGAAAAUUUAUUUUAAAAGAUUUAACUAAUAAAUCUGGUCUUUCUAUUGAUCACGUGACCAAUCACACGACUACCAUUGAGGAGGGAGUAUUGCUACACUCUGGUAUUUGUUUCACCACUGGUAUCAUUGUAUGGGAGGUUACUGCCCUACCAAAGGACAUUGAACUAACUGCUAAACUAUUCAAUUUAACAGAACUGAGGGAUGUGAUGGGACUCAAACAAAUGAUAGACGCAAUGGAGCCUCCUACUAAUACAAUACCCUCACUUACCAUAACUGGAGCUGAGGAUACAACUCCAAUUGAUGUAUCUUUUACAAUAUUUAACCCUGUGACCCCUCUGACGUCGUUCGACAUCAACACAGAAUACAAGGCUCCUUCGUAUGAGGAAGACGAGAAAUACAAUAAUUUAUUCUCAGCGUCAUCUCAGAAACCCUUUCAACUGGGCGGAGCCUUAUUGGCCCGUCAGUCAGUCCCUGUAUCAGUGGGUCACCACAGACCUUGUUUAAUGCUUCACAUUGCUAUUGAUAACGAUGAUGAGGAUAUGACCAGAUACUUACUGUCAAGAGGAGCCAAUGUUAAUAAACCUGGUGGUGAGCUAGGAUACACAGCAGUCCAUUAUGCUGCUUUGCGUAACAAUGACAAGAUAAUGUCACUAUUGUUACAGUAUGGUGGGGAUAUGGAGAUGAGGAAUAACGAGCAUUUGCCACCACUGGCCCUUACGACCAGCUACACUGUGAGGAAACUGAUAUUAAACUCUAUAUUGCUGUGUGCAGCUGCUGAUGCUGGCGAUAUGCCAGAAGUGACACGCCUACUUUCAACCACGCCCACCAGCCCUAAUGUACUGGGACUGAGACAUAAAAAUGCUCUGCACCUUUCAUCAGCUAAAGGAUACCCUGAAAUAGUUGAGCUGCUAAUAAUGAAUGGGGUUGAUGUUAACAUGAGAGGUGGUACAAGGCAGCGUACUGCUCUACAUUAUGCUAGUAGCAACGGACAUGCACCUAUAGUCCAGCUGUUACUGAGUUCAGGUGCUCAAGAGUUUGUGAGAGACAUAGGAGGAUAUACAGCUCUCAAUCUUUGCCAGGGAGAAGCCUGUCAUCUCCUACACUCUAAGCCAAUGUCUCUAUGCAUUGCUGUACAAAGUGGAGAUGCUGAUCGAGUUAGUAAAUUAUUAGAAGAGCUUCAUGACAAAGAAGAGAAAGAGGAUGAGGGGGAGGAUAUUAUAAAUCUAAGAAAUGAUCAGAAUCAUGCCCCACUGCAUUUAGCAUGCAUAAUAGGAUCAAUGGAGCUGGUUCAGUUGUUAGUGUCUUAUGGUGCAUCCAUUGGUAUUCACGGUGGCAGUGACGGCUGGACACCACUCUUCUAUGCAGCUAUAGCUGGUCAUAUCAAUAUUGUUCAGUUUUUAUUGUCAGUGGGUGCUAACUGUGAGGAAGCGGAUAAUGAUGCCAUCACUGUUAGAGAGAGGGUCCUUAAAGUCAUUGAAGAAACUGAGGAAUGUAUGACACGUCUUAAACAAAGAAAUAGAUCAGAAUCUGUGGUUGAGGCUAGUUUGUUUCCACGACGCUCAGUGAACAUGCUAAGACAGGAGAGUGCUCCAUCAUGUUCUGUGGAGACGCUAUUAGAAUGGCAGGCCACUAAACUCAAUAAGCUUCAGACGGUUUUGUCGCUGUUGACCACUCCCACCGAGAAACUGUUAGCUGCUCUGAAUGACAAAAACCUUGACGAGUUCAUUUCGUUGCUGCAGUCUGGUGUUGUGUCUCCUGAUGUCUUGUUAGAUGAUGUUCCUGUCCUAGCUCAAGUCUGUGAUGAUGGCCUUUAUGGAUUUGCCAAGGCAUUGCUUGAUCACGGGGCUAAGGUAUGUUUGAACGGAUCGACAAGUCAAAUACCAGUUCUAGCAGCUGCCAGUAAUGGCAAUGUGCCUCUACUGAAGCUCCUAAUGGAGUAUGGAGCUGACAUUAACGCUAAAAGUACUGAUACAUUGAGCACUCCACUGCAUGAAGCUGCAGCCAUUAAUAGUGCAGACACUGUCAAGUAUCUGCUAUCAAUUGGAGCUGACAAAGGGAAUACUAAUCAUGCUGGUGAACUGCCUUUUGAUUGUACUAAUGACCCAGAGAUACGCAAGUUACUUGCUAUUGGUAGUAACAGAUUAUUAGUAGCAGCAAUGGAGGAUGACACUGCUGCCAUCACUGAGCUAAUCAAUGAUGAAAGCAUAUCAGUAGACACAGAAUUCUAUCACAAUGGCUACACAGCACUCCACCAGUCCUCUGAUAAUGGAAACAGUGACACUGUUAAGCUAUUGAUAAACCUUGGAGCUGACGUCAACAAAAAGGGUGGUAUGUUCUCUCAGUCCCCAUUACAUAUUGCUAGUUGCAUGAAUCACAUUGAUAUUGCUAAGAUAUUAAUAGAGAAUGGAGCUAAACUGGAUAUCAAAGAUUCCGAAGGAAAGGUUCCGUUUGAAGUGGCUACUACUAAUCAGAUGAGGAAGGUCUUAGUCGAGGCGAGGAAAGCUCCAUCUCUCCUCUCUCCCCCUCCCUCCUCUCAGGACAGGAGCAGCUCCAAUGGACAGUACUGUCUGAUUUGUAUGGAUAAUCCAAUCAACACCAUCAUACUCCCUUGUGGGCAUCAGACAUUUUGCAAAGAGUGUGUGACACAGAUCACACAGUGUGCCUUGGAUAGACAGCCCAUCAGGGAGGUAGUCCCAAUCUUCAGAUAAGAACUGAAUUAAUAUAUAGCUGCACAUUUAUGAGUAUUAUCAUAGCAGCAAAAAAAUUGAAAUAUUAUUUUUGCAUUAUUUUGUAUGACUUUUUUUUAUUUAAAAACUCUAUUUUUUAACUGACAUUCUAUUUACAA